ACACCGCUGCCUCAAUAACGCUUUGCUGGACUUAUCGUGAGUGAUAAACACAAGUAGGCACAUUCCUUGUCCCGUCCAUUUAACGACGCUUCAAAAACAUAAAAAUGGCUCCCGCUAAGACUUCGAAGGUGGCCCCCAAGGGCGAGAAGUACUUCAUUGACUUCUCCGGCCCUGCCAACGAUGGCAUUCUCGACGCUGCCGCCUUCGAGAAGUUCCUCCACGACCGCAUCAAGGUCGAUGGCAAGGCUGGGCAGCUCGGCGACGUCGUCACCAUUACCCGCGAGGGAGAGGGCAAGAUCUGGGUCAACACGACCAUCCCCUUCAGCAAGCGUUACCUCAAGUACCUUACUAAGAAGCACUUGAAGCGUAACCAGCUCCGCGAUUGGCUCCGUGUUGUCGCCACCAGCAAGCAGGGAUUCGAGAUCAAGUUCUUCAACGUCUCGCCUGACCAGGACGAGGAGUAGAUUUCCUGCUCUGUUCAAGUCACCAAAAGCUGCACCAUCAGUCCAACUGUCACCAUCGGGGGCAUGUGGGCCGCACCUGCAAGUGUCCUGUACUCUUACAGUAUGAUACAUGUCUUGCCUAGUCUGCCUCUUGCCUGGCUUCUUUUGCUUUCCCUUCACUCGUCGCAACUUCCGAUGUUGCCAGCCUCACAUAUACUUA